GUCAUUGUAGGCGACCUCAUUCCACCAGCCUCUUCAUAUCCUCCUGGGCAGCCUAUCGAUCGUCAUCGUAGCCGUUCUCAACACAAUUGUGACGCAGGGAUGGUCCCAGUCCGUCAGUGCCUCCCUUAUGGCGGUGAAGAGAAUAUGUUCAAAAGUCAACUUGUUCUUGUCGUCAACGAUCAGUCAGCGAUUCCAUCUGCCGCGCAUCCCAGGAGGAAAGCGGGGGCUACAGGAUGUUUCCGCGGUCUUCUCAUGGAUAUGAUGAUUCCACAGCAGCACACUGCCUGACUAGAGUACAUCCGCCGUUUCGCGUGGCCAUAUGCUGGGGCGGGCGGGCACCGUCCUCUGUGCGGCAGCACUAGAAUCGACUCUAUCCCACGAAUCACAGUUGAUCGAAUAUGAACGCUCGAGCUGACGCUGACUACACGAUUGCAGCUCUCAUGGCUCACUUCGAAUACCUAUAUAGUAACGUUGUCUGGUUGUUGGUUCAUGGAGUCAAGGAGAG